AUGGCGCUGUUCAUGGAGGUAAAUCCACAUCUCAGGCCUUGGUACUUGGAUACAUGCGUUUUGGAGUGGGAAAUCCAAGAGUUUGGAAGAAAAACGAAGAAGACAAUUGGAAGAAUUUUCGGAUGUAUUUUUUAA